AUGGUCCAAAUUUACAACUUUUUAUUUCUCGACAGCGAGGAGCUUGAGAAACGAACAAAAGAAACACAAAAGCUGCAAGAGGAGGUUGAAAAUGCAACCAGAGAGGCUCUGAAGAAGUUCAGCUGCACUUAUGCGGACACAUCACUAAGAGAAAGCUGCCUUAAUCCCCACCAGCAUGUAGUGACUCAACCUCUGGUCAGCAGUCUGGACACUUUAAAACAGGAGGUGGUCCAGAGCAAGAGCAGAUCCUCUGAAAAGACACAUGAUCAACCAGAGCAAGAAACAUUUACCGGUAGUCCUCAAAGAGCCAUCAUGAACCUGCAGACUAAGCUCCAUGAACUCCAUAUGGAGAUGGAUGUCUUGUCUGACCUGAGAUUGGAGGAUUCAAGGAAACAUGUUGAUCAGAUGGAAAAGAUGCUGUCCAUGCUGGAAGAGCUUCAGAACAUCGAAAGAUUUCCAGACCAGAAGCUCCAAGAAUCUGAGGAAGAGGCGUUAGAACUUGACAGAAAGGUUGAAUCACUAGAACAGUCUGUAAAGGAGGUUUACCAAACACUGAGGCAAUGUGGGAACACCUCCAUCAGCAAUAAUGCUGGGAUGAGCCAAGCACAAGUAGUUCAUGUGAACAAAGAUCUCACCAAGAACACAAAUAAACUGCAGAAGAGAAGUUUUUCAUCAAAAGAACAACAAGGGAGUGAAAACUAUAACGGAGUAAAUCAGCAAGAAAGUAUUGAAGACCUGAUUACAAGUCUCAGCCAGGAGAUGGCGACAUUCACCGAAAAUCUGAGCUCAUCCAAAGACAAAGGCAUCAACCUGUGUGUCCAGUUUGAGUUGCUAAAAAAAGUGGCAGAGAGACGGACCUCACUGCAUUACCGUCAGAUCAGUGAACUUCAGUCGGACAUCUCCAGCUACAAAGAUAAGGUUUGUUUUCUGGAACAGAAGAUCCUUGAAAGUCAGACUCAGCUAUUUAACACCCAGAGAGAAAGAGAGCAAUCACUACAGCAGGUUAAAGACCUCCAGUCCCACCUCUGUCAGCUUAAGCAGCAGCUUGAGCUCCGUGAGGAUGCAAAGGUUCAGACAGGACAGCUGGAGGCAGCCAGGGAGCAGCUUUGCAAAGCUCUAGAGCAGAAAACCUGCCUACAGACCCUGCUGGAGCAGAAAGCCCAGGAGCAUCUUGUUAGUUUAGAAGAUGCUCAGAGUCAGUGUCAGACUCUGCAGGCUGAAGAAGAAACACUGAGGAUGAAGCUGAAUGACAGAGAGAAGACGAUCAGCGCUCUGAGGCUGCAGAUUGAGAGCAGCAUCCAGACGACAAAACAGCACAGGCACACGAUCGACAACCUUCAGCAGGAGAACAGCCUCCUCAUCCAACAGCUCAACCAGCACAAGCUGGAGAUUCAACAGCUUAGGGCUGAGUUAGUCCAACGUGAGGCCAACUUGGCUUCUGUGGAGAGUGAGAGGAGACAGCUGAGGGCCUCUGUGGCUGAGCAAAGUCAGCGCAUCCGAGAGGAGACGCUGGAGAAAAAUCAAGUCACCGCACAGCUGGAGCUGCAGCGCGUGCAGCAGACUAAUCUUUCCAAGGAGUUCAAGGAACUGCGGCGGCUCCACAGCUGUAAGAACGACGAGCACGAGGGUGUGGUGCUAGAGCUUCAGAGUCAGCUGAUUAACGCCUGCGAUGAGCUGGAUAAGAUCAGACACACCCUGAGGACCCUCCAAGGAGUGGACGGACAUGGCCUUCAGGUUGCUUUGGACAUGCAGAAGGAGAUCACUGCAAGAAGAGAGCAGGUUGACUCUCUGCGAGGUGGAAUUCAACGUCUAGAGGAGAAAGUGGAGCAGCUGCAGCAGGAGAAACACUCCCAGAGCUUGGAGACCCACCGUCAGCUCCAAGAACUCACAUUUAUCAGGGAGGAGAAGAGGCAGCUCGCCAAUGAACUGAAGGCCCUUCGCUCCAAAGACCAACAGCUGAGGGAGCGGAUCAGCGAACUGGAGGCAAUCCUUCACAAGAUGUCAGAGAGCUUUGCCAACUGUCAGGACUUCCUCCAAGUGAGGGAGCAGGAGUAUUUUCGCCUGAAACUCCAACACGCUCUGGACCUGAAGGAGCUGCAGGGUCAGAAUUUGUGCACAGUUCCAGCUGUAUCUCCUCCUCAGGACUCUCAGUCCUCAUCUGCUCAGACCAAGUCCAAGAAGCAGGAGAGUUCCACCUGUGGGAUCGGUUCUCUUACCAGAGAUCUGCGAGGAGUGAUUUCAGAGAACCACAGACCACACACCGAUGGGAAGAUUUCUGGCGGCAGCUUCCACAGGAGGAGGUCCGCACCAGAGGACCAGCACAGAACCACGCCGACAGAAAAUGAAAGGGUAAAAGCUUGCUCCAAAUUGAGGAGAAAGACGUGCAGCAGUGAGACACUUUUUCUGAAGACACCUGGGCUGAUCGGGCAGAUAAUAAACAGUGAGACCCACUGCGUGGUGAGCCCAGUGGCUGCAGCCAAGUCCAGCAGCUUCCCACAGAUCCUCUCGCUUGGCCGCAAGUCACCUGUUCACACUCUCCUGACCUCUGACCCAGACGGCUAACACAAAAGCCAAGAGUCCGAGGCUGCCGCCGUGUCUGAGCCGGCUGUAAAGAGCCACAGAAAUGGUUAUGGCGGGCCGGAUUUUGCCCAUGGGCCUUGA